GGUGGAUAAAUUGUCAUUAUUAGUUAACCACGGUGGUAAACUUAUAAUAAUGGAUGACAAUGUAGAGUACUUAGGAGGUGAUUUUGAAACAGUUUAUGGUCUUGAUGUGGAUAGAUUUGGUUACUUCGAUUUGGAAGAGCAAAUUCAAAAACUUGGGUGUACCACGUGGACAAAUAUAUAUUACAGAAUUCCCAGAGUGAAUGGUAAACAAGCUUUGAGGGUUUUGGUUGAUGAUGUGGGUGUGAUGGAACUGAUUGCUCAUUCUUCAAAACAUAAAUCCAUGAUUGAGAUUUAUGUGGAUGGGGGAAAUGAAUUCCAGUGUACUGAGGUUCAUAAUGUUGUUGGUGAAAAGAAUUGUGAGGGUAGAGGGGCCUCAGAGGUACUUGAUGAGCUUGGUGAAGAAAACAUUGAGGGCAAAGGGGCAGAAGCAGAAGUACAUGAUGAUCUUGGUGAAGAAAACAUUGAGGGUAGAGCAUCAGAGGCACAUGAUGAGUUUUUUGAACAGAACAUUGAGGGUAGAGGGGCAGCAUCAGAAGUACAUGAUGAGGUUGAUGAACUUGAGCACUACAUUGAUAAUUACAUGCCAGGUGAAGAAGGUGCAACAUGUGAAGAAGGUGCAGAUGAAGAAAGUGAAGAUGAAGAUUACAUGCCACAAGGUGAAAGCUCUUCUGAGGAUGACCUUAGUGAUGAAGCCAUUGCAUCUGAAGAUGAUGAGUACAUUGAAGCAAGAAAAAACAUAAAAAAGUAUAAGAAGAGUCCACCUCAUGAUGGUAUAUCAGAAAGUAGGCUCAACCAAUUUACAAGCAGUGGACUUCAA